GGUUGCGGGCUCAGUUUAUUUAUGCGUCCGUGGGGAUCCACUCGGCCCUCCCAUCGAAAGGCUUUAUAGCUAUUAGCUACGCUACACUAACACUACUGCCUAGUACCUACCUAGGUGCAGAGCAAAGGCAGCUACAAGCAGUUUUCAUUUGGAUUGCAUGGCGGCCCAAGGCCCUCAGCAAAGUGCAAAUGCAGGAGGGCCGGUAUUGAUUAUCGAGCUGUGACGGCUGCCGGCGAGCAGCGCAGGCGCCGGACCCUGCGCACGCCGCACCUCGGUCGCCGAGCUCUCUGCCCUUCCCUGCGCUGCACUAGCGACAUCUGCCGAGCGCCAACGCAUUGCACAGAGGACACGGCUGGGCGUAAACAAAUGAAGGCUGCGGCAAAAAUGGCUGAGCUCCGUGCAGAGGCCCCUUUGGCUAAAUCGGAAAACGACGAAGAUUUUGGUGAAUUUAGUGAUUUUCAGAGCUCACAAGAUGUAGAAAAUUCCAAUGUGAAACCGUCGAAACCCAGGGAAGUGCCGAACGACAAUGCAGUGGAAGGAUUUUCGGAGAACUUCAAUGAGACAUUUUCCGGUUCCCUUGAGGACCUUGUGAACAGUUUUGAUGAGAAAAUAACAAAGUGUUUCAGCAAUUUUGAAGAAAAUGUCGAAGAAAUGGCACCAGUACAGGUUCGAAGUCAAGAGGAAAUAAUGAAUGACUGCCAGAUGUGGUGGACAAUCACAGGGAACUUCGGAAACAUCUUGCCCAUUGACUGGGCUAAGUCUCAUGCAAGGAAGUUUCACAUGCCAGCUCUGAAUUUGAAUGACAAACAGGCGGCGCCGGCCGACGACGGCGCGCUGUCAGAGGAGGACGAGGCUGUGGCCAGCGACCUGGACAUCCACUCGCUGAUCCUGGCCGGCGUGCAGGCAGAGCCGCCCGACCGGCUCAAGACCGCCGACGAAGUCAUCAAAGAGAUCGACGACAUUAUGGACGAGGCCGAGUCAGACGAGUCCCCGGAGCUGGAGUCACCCGACUCGGCCAUCGGCGAGUCACGGGAACGUCCACCGCUCGCCUCCAGAGAGAAACUGGAGGCCAUGUCCUCGGCGGAGCUGAACGAACUGUACCUGGACCUGGAGCUGAUGAUCAAGGACUACUCCGAGGUUCUCAUCAACGAGCUCGCCUUCAGGGACGAACUCGAGUACGAGAAGGAGCUCAAGAACCAGUUCAUUUCACUGCUGCUCACCAUUCAGAACAAACGGAGACAGUAUAAUGUAGAGAAGAAGAAAAAGAACAAGAACGGCCAGACUCUGGACGCGAAGUACCUGACGACGGUGAUACCCUACACGGUGGGCACCCGCUGCCCCAACAACGCUACCCUCCAGAUCCUCAUCAAAAUUUUGCGCGCCAUUGACGAGGACAGUCCGACGGUACCCACCCUGCUGACCGACUACAUUCUGAAGGUGCUCUGUCCGACGUAGAGCGCGCGCCGCCGCCUCCACCGCCGCCGCCAGCACCGCCCACCGGCCGAGACGGGCUGUCCUCGCGCCGUCUAUAUUUUUGUGUGCGGGCGUGCCGGCGGCGGGCCGAUUCUGGGCGCCCGCCGUCGACCCGGACCUGUGCAAUAUUGAGCCGGUGCCGCGACCGCCGGCCGGCCGGCCGUGGCUGCUGAUCUGACCGCGUGGCGGCGCCACCGGAGCGACUGUCCAAAUACACAGGUCACACACCGGCCCCGAGCGGGCGAUGCAUGCCGCUUCGUGGCUGAAGAGCACUGUCCGAGGCUAAUCUCUGAUGAUAUUCUCUUUGUAGUUAUUUAUUGGUUGUAGGAUAGGUCAAUUAUCCCUAGGCGCCCACGCCUGGAGCUUGCACGAGUCACUAAGUAGACUCUGGGAGCGAGUGAGUCGAUUGUGUUGGCGUCGUGAGUACCGGUCUGAGGUGAGGUCGGACGGUACGCGGCUGCGACUGUGCGCUUGGUUGGUUGGUUCCGUUUCUGUGAUGACUGUGUUGCUGCCGGUGCGUGAUACCAAAGAGAUUCGCUGCGCGGCGGGACAGUCGGCCGGUGUCGGCCUGUGGAGCUCGCGGAGGUGUCCGCGGUACCGCGACCGCCCGCCUGCUCGGUGCUCUGCUGAGAUUGUCUGACCGGCCCGGCCCGCUGGAAGGAGAGAUUAUGUGAACGCGUCUGAGUUAUGUCUGUUGUACUCGCGUCGGUCUGUCGCCGCGGUCUGUGCGUUUGUGUUUAGAUCUGGGUCGGGACGGACCGAGUCCUCCCGUGCUGCCUCUCUUGUCCCCCACCGGCCAGCCUGUCGGUCCUCCGCCACCCGCCGCGGCCGUCGCUCCUACACUGAGCAGCGGCGGUGUCUGAAGCUAGCCGAACCCGCGCACACCGCGGGCCUCGUGCGGCGUUUCUGGUGUCUACAGCCAGUCCGUGCCGGAGUGAGAUGUAGACGGCCAUUGAGUAACGUCUCCGCCGCUGCUGUCUGUCUCAGCGCCAAGAGGGGGCGCUGUGCCCUCGCCGUGGUGGCCGGCCGCGGGGAGGGUGGAAGCGUCGCACCCCACCCGCUAUCCGGACCACUGACUGUCGCUGUCACUCCGCUGACAAAUACACUCCCCGCUUCUGAAA